ACGUGACGCCAGGCUGGCGGCGGCGGCGGCGGUUGCCCGGGUGACGGCUGCAGAGGUGGCGGCCCCGCGGGGAGAGCUCAAGUGUCCGCGCCGAAGCAGCAGAUUUUUGCUGAAUUAAUUACCAGUAACAGUUCAAUAUGGGGGACAUUCUGGCUCAUGAAUCUGAAUUACUUGGACUAGUGAAAGAGUAUUUAGAUUUUGCUGAAUUUGAAGACACCUUGAAAACAUUUUCAAAAGAAUGCAAAAUAAAAGGAAAACCGUUAUGUAAAACAGUAGGCGGAUCUUUCAGAGACUCCAAAUCAUUGACAAUUCAGAGGGAUCUUGUCACUGCAUUUGACAACGGAGACCAGAAGGUAUUCUUUGAUCUGUGGGAGGAGCACAUUCCCAGUUUCAUCCGCGAUGGGGACUCCUUUGCCCAGAAGCUGGAAUUCUAUCUCCACAUCCAUUUUGCCAUCUAUCUUCUGAAGCACUCUGUGGGGAGACCGGACAAAGAGGAGCUGGAUGAAAAGAUUUCUUAUUUCAAAACCUACCUGGAGACCAAAGGGGCAGCCUUGAGCCAGACCACGGAGUUUCUUCCUUUCUAUGCUCUUCCUUUUGUUCCCAACCCUAUGGUACACCCCUCAUUUAAAGAACUCUUCCAGGAUUCCUGGACUCCAGAGUUAAAGGUGAAGUUGGAGAAGUUUCUAGCUUUAAUAUUUAAAGCCAGCAACACGCCAAAGCUCUUAACAAUAUAUAAGGAGAGUGGACAAAGUAACAAAGAAACGUUGCAUCAGCUCCACCAGCAGCUGGUUGAAGCUGAACGUAGGUCAAUGACAUACCUCAAACGGUACAAUAAGAUCCAGGUGGACUACCACAAUCUCAUUGGAGUCACAGCAGAGCUGGUGGAUUCUCUAGAGGCCACAGUCAGCGGCAAGAUGAUCACCCCUGAGUACCUGCAGAGUGUCUGUGUCCGCCUGUUCAGUAACCAGAUGCGACAGAGCCUGGCACACAGUGUGGACUUCACGAGGCCCGGGACGGCAUCCACCAUGUUGCGAGCCUCCUUGGCACCCGUGAAAUUGAAGGAUGUCCCAUUACUGCCCUCCCUGGAUUAUGAGAAACUGAAGAAGGAUUUGAUUUUGGGGAGUGACCGCUUGAAAGCCUUCUUGUUGCAGGCUCUGCGCUGGCGCUUGACCACAUCCCAUCCUGGAGAGCAGAGGGAAACCGUUCUGCAGGCCUACAUCAGCAAUGACCUCUUGGACUGUCAUAGCCACAACCAGAGGAGUGUGCUUCAGUUGCUGCACUCCAAGAGCGAUGUGGUACGGCAGUACAUGGCCAGGCUCAUCAAUGCUUUUGCGUCACUGGCAGAAGGUCGCCUCUACCUUGCCCAGAACACAAAGGUGCUGCGGAUGCUGGAGGGAAGGCUGAAGGAGGAGGACAAGGACAUUGUCACCAGGGAGAACAUUCUUGGGGCCCUGCAGAAGUUCAGCCUCAGGCGCCCGCUGCAGACAGCAAUGAUUCAAGAUGGCCUUAUCUUCUGGCUGGUUGAUGUUCUGAAGGACCCAGACUGCCUGUCUGACUACAUGCUGGAGUACUCAGUGGCUUUGCUCAUGAACCUCUGUCUCCGCAGCUCAGGGAAGAACAUGUGUGCCAAGGUGUCAGGCCUCGUUCUCAAAGUCCUUUCGGAUCUUCUUGGCCAUGAAAACCACGAGAUCCAGCCGUAUGUGAAUGGAGCUCUGUACAGCAUCCUUUCUGUUCCAGUCAUUCGUGAGGAAGCAAGAGCAAUGGGAAUGGAAGACAUCCUACGCUGCUUCAUCAAAGAAGGCAAUGCCGAAAUGAUCCGCCAGAUAGAAUUCAUCAUCAAGCAGCUUAAUUCCGAAGAGCUACCAGAUGGUGUUCUUGAAUCUGAUGAUGAUGAAGAUGAAGAUGAUGAAGUAAGUUGGAGGUUCUUGACACCGCAUAGAAAACUCAUACCAAACUAUUUUCUCUUUCCUGCCUUGACAAGUUAGUCCAGAAGUGGAGAU